AAAAAAAAAAAAAUCAGUUGCUGGUGCACAAUUUGCUUCCUCUCUUUACAAUCAACCUCUCACGUGAGUUUUCCAGCUUUUUCUUAAUUGGUUUUCGGGUUUUCUUUCGGAUCUUUUCUUGCCCGGAUCUACUCAAUGCACUGCAGAUCCAUUUCUAUAGAUACAGCACUGUACUAAUAGUUUAGUUCAAGGUUCUCCUGUUUUGAGAAUUUGAAGGUUUAGUUGUGAAAUAAUGAGCUGCAGUAGUGAUUACCGCAGAAUAGUUUGAUUUGGUCGGCGGUAAGGGAAUAUUUUCGGUUGAUUGUGUAAGUGACGAUUCUGUUGAGUAAUUCUGUUGGUUUCAUUGGAGGUGCUGAAUUUUUGUUAAUGUGAUUAGGGUUUGUUUUUGUUUAUACGAGCGUGUGAAUUACGAUUGUUGUUGUUACACAUUUUGAAGUGGAACUGUGGUUUUAAUUGAAAUUUGGAAAUUGAGUAAUCUUAUGCUUUUAAGGUGUGAUUUGUGGGUUCUUCAUGAUGGUAUCGACGUGAAUUCUCCACUGAUGAGGUGCAAAUUUGCGGUGGCCAAAUGGAAGAUGGACAGAUGCCUCCAUCCCCAGCAAUGAGAAUCUCUCCGAGGAGGGAGUUGAGGGCUGAGAAUCAUAAGAGAGGACGUAGCCUCGAGAGUGCGAUUCCCUAUCAGGAGAAGGAUGAUGAUCUUGCUCUGUUCAAUGAGGUGCAAAACAAAGAAAAAGAGAAUUUCUUGCUUCAAUCAAAUGAUGACUUUGAAGACGCCUUUUUGACAAAAUUAAGACACUUUUCAGAUCGUAAGGGUGGAAUCACCAUUCCUGCUCGGGGAGAGAGUUGUAACCUGCUCAAUGCAGAAGGAGAUAAAAAUGAUUAUGAUUGGUUAAUAACUCCUCCGGAGACUCCACUUUUUCCUUCUUUGGAUGACGGGACACUACCAGUUAAUGUAGUACAGAGGGGCAGGCCGAGGAGUCAACCUGUUUCAAUCUCAACAUCAUCUACUAUAGAGAAGAGUUAUAGAAGCAGUAGAGGUAGUGCGAGUCCCCAUCGCCUUAGCUUAUCUCCUCAGUCUGGCAAUAGUAUAUCACAAUCAAGGAACCGGACAUCUUCAGAACCUCAUUUAAGUCCUCCACCUAGAUUGCAUCAUCUGGCUCCUGUAAGGAGACCAUCUCCCCCACCAAGUAAGCCAUCAGUACCUGCUGUGAGAUCUAGUUCACCAAAUCCUCAGAGGAUAAGCACUGGUUCUGCUUCCCCAUCACGGAUGAAAGGCACCUCCCCUGUCAAGACAAGUAGAGGGAAUUCCGCUUCACCCAAAAUAAGGGCAUGGCAAUCUAACAUUCCAGGGUUUUCAUCAGAAACACCUCCUAAUCUUCGUACAUCACUGGCUGAUAGGCCAGUAUCAUAUGUGAGGGGAUCCUCUCCGGCAUCCAGAAAUGGCUCCAGAUCUGGGAGAGAAUCAAUGUCUCCAACUGCUACCAGAAGUGUCAGUUCCCCAUACACUCCUGACCGAGACCUGUUUAGUUCCCACAGCAAAGGUUCAGCUGCAUCAUCUGGUGACGAUGAUAGGGAGUCUCUAAAAUCCAUUCCUGUGAGCAGCUCAGACCGCUCAGCUCCAAGAAACAUAGGCGCUAUCCCAAAUAAUAGAGCUCUGGGCUACUCUAAGAAGCCAGCUAAAAUUGUGUCAAGUUCUGCUCCAAAAAGAUCCUUUGACUUGGCUCUUCGACAAAUGGAUCAUCAGAAAGGUCGUCAAAAUAUGUUUAGGCCUCUUUUGUCCAGUGUCCCCAGUUCUACAUUCUAUGCUGGAAAAGCAAGUGCAUCCCAUCGUUCUAUGAUGUCCAGAAAUUCUUCAAUCACAACUAGCAGCAAUGCCAGUUCUGAUCAAUGGACUACUGGUGCUCAUGAUAUUGAAGAAAGUGAGCAAAACCAAGAUGACUUAACCAGUGAAUGUAUAAAGGGACGCUAUCCAGAGGAGCACGACGAAAUAUUUGUCUUGGAUCAGGUUGAUGCUUUUAAUGAAGGUGUUGGGAAGAAAAUCCACGAGGGAUCACCUAGCAGUCAAUAUGAUAAAUUUAUUGGCAACUCUCUGGUCAAUUCUCAGUUUGUCAUUGAUGAGGUUUGCAGCCAGCUUGAUACUACUAUAGAUGUUACCACAUCUUCUGUUGUCUUGGACAGGAAAGAUGAUUAUUCUGAUGCUGAGGGUCUUGAGGAUAUGGCAAUUUGCUCGAAAUGUGGUCACAAGUUUGAAUCCACGGAUAUGUUAAUGGAAGGAGACCUAUAUUUUUGUCCAGAAUGUAGAAGUUUGGAAGCACCUUCAACUUCAACAACACUUCCAAAGGUAAUGAUCGCUUGUGAGAACGCUUUAGGAAAUUCAGUGAAGAUUUUACAAAAUGGGUCAUUUGAAGCUUUGGAGUGUUCUGCACAAAUUUCAGAACCAUUGCAAGUUAUAAGUGUUGAUGAAGCCAGAGAUGAUCAUCUUAACAAGAUUACUGACGAGGGUCAACACUGUAGCCUGAACUUCUCACUAGAUAACUCUCUUGAACUGUUGGCCGUGGAGGAAGUUGAGCUAAAAACCGAGAAGCAAGAAAUGUGUCUACCAUCUGAUGGUGACACUGGCCAUCAGCAGUUGGAGCAUGCAAGGGACGACCCUAAUUCAAAAGUUGAUGUUUCAGAAGGUGCAGGUAUAUCUGUGCUGCUUAAGAGAUCAAGUAGGGACAAAGGACGUGUUGUUCAAAGCAGGUGUUUUUCAGCAGCUAACAUCAAUUAUGAUGAUUUCUCCCAUGUGACGGACAGAAUAUACAGCAUGAGAAGCUCCUUGGGGCAUGGCAGUACAUCUGUUUCGUCUUCCGUUGACUUGGGAUCACCUAGGCAAAAAGAAACUCGUGUCCGACGGCAAUUAAGUAGUGAUAAUUCGGAUGUAGAAAAUUACAGAUAUGAGAUGAUUAUGAAGCACAAACGCUCCAUAUCUUCCUUGUCUGGUUCUUCAAGUCAUGCUUUGAAAGUCCGAAGUGUCACAGCAAACUCUCAUGAAGAUAGUUUCGAGGUAGUUGCUGUCAACGAGGAAAAAGAUGUCAGGAAGGUGACAGGCACAGAUCCUUCUGCAAAAUCACUGGCUUCAGAAUUUACAGAAGAAGAAAGUAUCUUCUCUAAUGUUGAAAGUAACAAGAAUUUUAAAACUAACUCUAAACUGUCAUCACAUAUGAUAAACACCCAUCUAGGAGAUACUCCCUUUGUAUCAGUUUCGGAAUUUGAAGAGCCAGCAUCAAAUGAGGAUGGUGAGAACAUGUCAAAGAAGUCAAGUAAUCCCAUGAAUAUAGAAGCAUCAUCAACCCUUCCUGAGGGUUGCACGCCAGCGGAAGAUGCCUUACCUUUAUGUGCUGAUUGGGUGGAUGUGGGAGAGCUUCCUAAUCAAAGCUCUUCGGAUGCUAUAUCAGAAAUCGAAAUUAAGAAUGAUGAUACUGGUUCUCCUGAUUCACAAUCUGUAAUUGAUUCCACUGAUUCAAAGAGCAACAUGAAUGAAUUGCAGAAUUCUUCUGUGCUGGCGGCAUCCAAUAAUGUUAUAACAGCAUCUGUUAAAGAAUCUGACCCCUCAGAUCAUGCUUGUGACAUCCUUGAGGAAUCGACUGUCGUGCUAGAGGACCGAGGAGGAAUGAAGGCUAGAAGCCUAACCCUAGAAGAAGCAACGGAUACAAUACUCUUCUGCAGCUCAAUUGUCCACAAUUUGGCGUAUGAGGCUGCAAAUAUAGCAAUAGAGAAAGAAAACUCGGUCCCAUUGGUAGAUUUGCAGCCGACAGUAACAUUCUACGGGAAGGGCGAUGUUGAUAGAAGGGAUAUACGUUCCAGAGCAAUGGGAAAACGUCCUUCCAAGUCCAUGAAACCUCGACCAAAGAAAUUGGAAACAGAUAAAAAACUUCCUCCGGAAAAGAACAUUGAAAGUGAUGAGAAAACCGAUGUAGCUACUACACAUAUUGUUGGAGUUCCAGAUACCGUUGAUAACACGAGACCUCCAAAGCUGGAGUCGAAAUGCAAUUGCACAAUAAUGUGAGUGGUUUCUUGUUUGCAGGAGAGGAAUAGUUUUUUCUUGUUUGUUGCUAGUGUUUUGUAAGAAAUACGUUGUAAAGUUCUAAUUUUUACUAGGCUGAUGAUAGUGAAUGGAAUUGGAGAUUAUAGACCGCUCCAAUUUGCCUUAUUCUUGUUUGUUAUUAUUCAUUUUUAAUUUAAUUUGGUGAAGUUACUCAAUCACAGAGUCGAUUGUGAAA